GUGUGUAAGUGUCAAAGCGUGUUUGACGUUUCCAUGGUUUAUUCUGCCGACAUCGACAUCAGUUGAAGAAAUUGUGGAAAGAAAAGUAUUCAGAAUCGAAAGAAAACACUUGAAAAGCGAUGGCGCCCACCAUCCAAAAUGGAAAUAACGCGACCAGUGCCGAAAUCCGGCCACAACGACCGAUUGAGAAAAAGUCGGAGUUGAUUUCCCGUGUAAAAUACUGUAACACAUUGCCGGACAUUCCAUUCGAUUUGAAAUAUAUCACGUACCCAUUUGCCAAUGAUCGAUUCGUUCAAUACAAUCCGACGUCACUUGAACGCAACUACAAAUAUGAAGUGUUGACAGAGCACGAUUUGGGUGUCACAAUCGAUUUGAUCAAUCGCGACUUGUAUCAGUCCGAUCCAAAUUCACAGCUGGACCAAGCCGAUGAAAAAUUGCUCGAGGAAGAAGUGCACACCGUGGCCGACUCGCAACGUUCACGUCAUCACGCCAAAAGUGUGUCAUGGUUGCGAAAAUCGGAAUAUAUUUCGACGGAACAGACGCGUUUCCAACCGCAAAACAAUGAAAAAGUCGAGGCAAAGGUCGGUUUCAAUGUGCGCAAAUCAUUUGUCGAAGAAACAUUGUACAUGGAUCGUGAAGCUCAAAUCAAGUCCAUCGAAAAAACGUUCGAAGAAAAUAAAAAGCCAAUCGAACGCCAUUACAGCAAGCCAAAUGUCACAGCUGUCGAGGUUCAUCCGGUGUACCCAGAUUUCCAAAACUGGAAAUUUCCAUUUGCUCAAGUUAUAUUUGACAGUGAUCCAGCACCAGCUAACACUAACAAACAUGUGACAGCACAAAUUGAAGAAAUGUCUCAAGCCAUGAUACGAGGUGUGAUGGACGAAAGUGGAGAGCAAUUCGUUGCUUACUUCUUGCCAACAGAAGAAACGCUUGAAAAACGUCGCAUGGAUUUGAUUAAUGAAAUAUUGUACGAAGACGACCAGGAAUAUGAAUACAAAAUGGCUCGUGAAUACAACUGGAAUGUCAAGAGCAAGGCAUCGAAAGGUUAUGAAGAGAAUUACUUCUUGGUUAUGCGACGAGACGGUGUUUAUUACGAUGAACUCGAAACUCGUGUACGAUUGAACAAACGUCGACAAAACAUUGGUCAGCAGCCAAAUAAUACAAAAUUGGUAGUCAAGCAUGUUGCAUUGAACGAAGGUGAGCAUCGCUUGCAACGCUAUCGUGAAAAACAAUUGGAACCACCGGGUGAAGAGGAAGAAAUCGAAGAGAUCGAAGAAGCUGAAGAAACCGAGCAGCUCAUGGACACUGAAAAGGAGGCGGACAGUCAAGAAAAUGUUGAGGUUGAGAAGGAAAAUGAUGACAAAGAAAAACCAGACGGCAACGAAAGUGACCAUUCUGGAAAAUCACGUUCGUCCAGGUCACGAUCGCGCUCAAGAAGCCGCAGUGCAUCAGGCUCUCGAUCGCCAAGCCGAUCACGCAGCGGAAGUCAAGCUUCACGUUCCCGAAGUGGUAGCGCCGCAUCGAACCGAAGUGGUUCGGCCAGAAGCCGAAGUGGUAGUAGAUCUCGUUCAAAUUCUCGCUCACGUAGUGGAACGCCAGCAUCGAACCGUAGUGGUUCCGUUAAAAGUGGCUCGAGAUCACGUUCACGCAGUGGUAGCCCAGCGUCUAAUAGAAGUGGAUCGGCCAGAAGUAGAAGUCAUUCUCGUUCGUCUCGGUCGCGUUCACGAUCACACAGUGGAAGUGCUCAUUCACGAAGCGGCUCAGAACGUAGCCGUAGUCGCAGUGGAAGUCGUAGUGCCUCCGGUUCGCCGAAUCGUUCGGGCUCUGGUUCCGGAUCAGAAUAGAGCAUUUAUUAGGAUGGAAUUAACCACGACACAAUUUGUUCACAUCAAAUCAAGGAUAUUUGCUUACCGAUUGAUUUUAUCUGAAAAGAAACGGAUUAAGUUUGUAGUCAAAUGACCCAAAUACACCAGACAUCAAUUCCACCAAAAA